UAGAAGAGAUUGCCAACUCAUUGUAUUUCUGUCUGAUAACCAGUAAACACGCAUUUCUCAAUUUCCUCGCUUAAAGUUGGACUGUGUUCAUCAUUGGUAACAUAUCUGGAGUGUAGAUAUAAAAGUGAGGUUGGUGAAAUAUAUUCAUUAUCUUUUGAACAGAUUUACUCAAAAUUUUCAGGGCUAAUCUAUCUAAUCAACCUUUGUAUAUAAUUAAUAAUUAAGUGAUUGUAUUAUCCACUGUGCUUUCAAAACCUGAUUCAGAAGUUAAUAAUAGUAUUAAUAUCUAUAGAAAAUGGAAAAUUCACCAUCGACUAAAGGAGAAACAAUGGAUCUAACUGAUCUAACUACACAAUUACAACAAGAUCAUCGGUCUUUAAGAGAAGAACAUACACAAUUACAACAAGAUCAUCGUUCUUUAAGAGAAGAACAUACACAAUUACAACAAGAUCAUGGUUCUUUAAGAGAAGACCAUAAACAAUUACAAAAAAAAGUUCGCUUGUUAACAGAAGACAUAGCACAAUCACAAUUACUGAAAGAUCAUGGUUCUUUAAGUGAAGAACAUACACAAUUACAACAAGAUCAUCGUUCUUUAAGAGAAGAAAAUGCACAUUUACAAAAAGAUCAUCGUUCUUUAAAAGAAGAAAAUACACAAUUACAACAAGAUCAUCAUUCUUUAAAAGAAGAACAUACACAAUUACAACAAGAUUGUCGUUCUUUAAGAGAAGAACAUACACAAUUACAACAAGAUCAUCGUCCUUUAAUAGAAGAAAAUACACAAUUACAACAAGAGCUAGCUGACAAACGGGGCGAAGUUGAAGAACAGAGUAUAAGAUUGGAAAGUAGCAUCAUAAACACUUCUCCAAUAACACCUCCAACUCACGUUGUGGCUCUUGUAUGUAUAACGAAAAAUAAAUACAAAUUGGUGAGAGUUCUAAGAACAUAUCUUGAAUCUACACUAAAAGAUAUACAAAAGGAGUACGAUUUGUCAGACAUUACAAAUUGGGAAAGGGAGGGGCGUCUUUGGAAAUGUGACACACCUAACUCUAUUAACACAGCUUAUUUGGUUCGUGAAAUAUUAAAAAACCACAAUGUGCGUGUGGAUGGAAAUAGACAACUAAUUUUCUGGAGCUAUGGCAUGAACCAUUUGAUUGAUAUCAUCUUAGCUUACCAAAAUGCAGCAGGAGGAGGAGACCGAAGAGCAAAAGAGGUGUUUCAAAGACUAAACCUGUAAAAGAAAAAAAUUGAAGAAUAAUGAUUGAAUAGUCUGCUAAACUGGAGAACAGUGGUUGGCUGUUCGUCAUGACCUUGCUGUUUUAUCACAUUUUAAUUCAAAAUCAUUCGUCUUUUGGUUAUGCUAAGUAGUUUAUAAAAACAACCAGAAACCAAGGAUGUAGCCAGUGAAGUGGUUCUAGGGAUCCAGAACCCCCUCCAAAUUUUUUAUUAUUUCAAUUACUUUUUUAGUAAACGGUUAUUAUUAUUUAAAUAAUUAAGUAUCCUAUUACUGAAAUAUACUGCUGAAAGAUUGUUCUCAACACAGAUACGAGUCAAGAACUU